AUCUAUUAUUUUUAAUACAUUUAUUCAUUUACGUGGGAUCGACUUGUAAAGUAUGAAAAUCAUUUACAAAAAUGAUUUUGAUGAAUGUUUUAAAAAAUAAGUAAAAAACUAAACAUCAGUGUACCUGAAAUAGUGGAUUCCAUAGUCAGAAAUGAUGUGAAACUUUAGUUAAUGAAUAUUUUUUUUAUUUGUUUUGAUUAUUAAACUUAAAUAAAUUUGUUUUCCCCAAAAAAAUUACAGCAAAGUGAAAUUUAAGUGAAGUAGCGAAGCGAUGUUUACCAACAACAGUGGCAGUCCCCUCACUCUAGUCAGUAGGGUGGAAAAACGUAUAACAGAGCUCUAAAUUUCUUCAAAACGAGAUUCAACACUCAAUAACAGAAAAAUGGAUCUGGGUUUUCUUCUAAAGGCCUUAAUUCCCUCGUGGAACUCUGUUGCUGUUUUGAUGAUAUUCUUUGCUUACUUAGCUGUUGCUGGAUCUAUUUUACCUGGAAAACUUGUUCCUGGAGUCACCUUACAAGAUGGGUCUCGUCUCCAUUACUGCUGCAAUGGAUUGCUAGCACUACUUUUGUUAGUUGGGCUUCUUGGGGUUGGAUCUAAGGUGAAUUUCGUAUCACCCACGGUGAUAUCAGACGGAGGACUUGAGCUGUUAUCAGCAACUUUCAUAUUCAGUUUUCUUGCAAUGAUGGUACUCUAUGCUGCUGGGUGCAGGUCCCAAAGUAAACGUUCUUCAUUAAAGCCUCACAUCACAGGAAACCCGAUACAUGACUGGUGGUAUGGGAUGCAGCUGAAUCCUCAGUUUAUGGGUAUUGAUCUCAAAUUCUUCUUUGUUAGAGCUGGAAUGAUGGGAUGGCUACUUAUCAACCUAUCAAUUCUUGCAAAAAGUGUUCAAGAUGGCACUUUGAGCCAAUCAAUGAUCCUCUACCAAUUAUUCUCUGUGCUAUACAUCCUGGACUAUUUUGUUCACGAAGAGUACAUGACCUCCACCUGGGACAUAAUUGCUGAGAGAUUGGGUUUCAUGUUGGUCUUUGGAGAUCUAGUGUGGAUUCCUUUCACAUUUAGCAUCCAGGGUUGGUGGCUUUUGAAUAACAAAGUGGAGAUGACAACAGCUGCUGCAAUAGCAAAUUGUUUUGUUUUUCUGAUUGGCUACCUUGUAUUUAGAGGAGCCAAUAAGCAAAAGCAUAUAUUCAAAAAGAAUCCCAAGGCGCUUAUAUGGGGUAAGCCUCCAAAGGUUAUCGGAGGAAAGCUGCUUGCUUCUGGAUAUUGGGGAAUUGCAAGGCACUCUAAUUACCUUGGGGAUUUGUUGGUGGCAUUGUCCUUCAGUUUACCUUGUGGAAUAAGUUCCCCCAUUCCAUACUUCUACCCGAUUUAUCUGUUCAUUCUGUUGGUAUGGAGGGAAAGGAGAGAUGAAGUCCGUUGUGCAGAGAAGUACAAAGACGUAUGGGCUGAAUACUGCAGGCUUGUUCCAUGGAGAAUAUUUCCGUAUCUGUAUUAGUCACCGAAAGCUGCUGGAAUAUCUAUUCAUAACUUUUUUUUUAGUACUUGAGAUUGUCAGAAUUGAAAGCUGGUUAAUAAAACUAAGGGUUCGGCAUUUAUUCACCGACCGAUCACAUUGUUGUUGGCAAUCUACUCGUAAUUUAAUUUAGCUUGUAUCAUGAACGUAGCUUCAAUCUUGGGUUAGUUGCCAAUGUCAGCAGGAACUAAAAGAAACUUUGGGGGCCCAUAUAUGAGUUGUUCCUUAAUGACCGAAUUAACCAUUUUUUUCAGUAGCAGCAUCUCAUUCUUAAAAGGCUUGUGGUCUUGGGUUUUUGAGAUCGAGUGAGGAGCAAGCAUUGGCAUCUGGGGCAAGGGAUGAAAAAUGAUAACUUUUCUCAUCAUGUAUUUCAAUGAAAACAAUAAACAACAAUACCACUUCUCUUGUUUGAUAUCUGCACUUUUCUAAGAAUCUGAUGCUUCCUCGUGGUGGGAAUCAUAAGUGUUGGCAUCCUUGCUGUUUUCUUUAAUUUCAUUAUUUCCACUAAAGAAAUCAAUCAGAUUCUUGACUGAGUUCCAAGUAAUAUUUUUUAAGAGUCUGGUGUAAUUGGUGGGUGGGGUUUUUGUCAAAUAGUUCAUUGUUUUCCGCAAUUAGUCAAAUAUAGAGCCAAAAUGA